CUCUGUCUUCAUCUCAAUUGUGAAUCGGUGAUUCCCUUCAAACUCUCAACCUCUCAUCGUGCCGUCACUACAACCACUACAACGCUCACCAUCGCUCACUGUUCAUCUCCAGCUCUGAGGCUGGGUUGUCCUCUUUCUACUGUCGCGUGGCCAUCUCAACUGUGAUUCGGUGAUUCCCUUCAAGCUUUCAGCCUCUCACUAUGCCGUCACUACAACCCCUGCAACGCUCACUGCUCACCUCCAGCUCCAAGGUUGGGUCGUCCUCUUUCUGUUGUCAUGUGGCCAUCUCAACUGUGAGUCAGUGAUUACCUUCAAGCUCUCAGCCUCUCACCAUGCCGUCACUACAACCACUGCAAGUCUACAACGCUCACCGCUCACCUCCAGCUCCAAGGCUGGGUUGUCCUCUUUUUGCUGUCGCGUGGCCUCCUCCUCUGCAGCUCUGCCUCGGAUUCUUUUCAAACUCUCCAACUCCAUGUAUCAAUUAGAUCCAGUUUUUGAAGCUAUAGUUUUUGUGCUUUAGUGUUUUAGUGUUUCUAACUAGUAAUUUCUAAUUUAAUUUUUGUACUUUAGUGCUUUAGUGUUUCUAGCUAGUAAUUUUCGUGUUUUUAACUAGUAAUUUUUAAUUUAAUUUUUGUGCUUUAAUACUUUAGUGUAUUCUAAACUUUUAUUAUAUUUGAAAUUCAGGUUCUAAAAAUAAUAGGAAUUUAUUCAA